UAUGCAAAUUAUGGAAGCCGAAACAAAAAGAUUGAGAGUCAUGGCCUUCACUGCUGAUAAAUGCAAUGCACUGAUAGCACUUUUGAAGAUGAUAUGCUACUAUCAUGCUGCGUGUUAGCUGUGGAGCCAUCUGAAAAGUUACAUGAUGCAAGAUAAGGGAGAGGAUCAUUUCCUCCCUCUGCGGUUUGUCUGGCUGAGUCGCUAAAAAAAGGCUGAGCAGAAUAUCCUGGCAAGCCUGCUGUCAGCAUGGACCAAGAAGUGGUGGGGUACAUUGUCCUCCUGGUCAUCGUUACGCUUUUAAGCGUCGUCCAAAAUGCCUUUUUUGCAAGCAAAGUAGAACAGGAAAGCAAGAACAGUACGGGCAAAAUUGUUCACCGUGGCGGUACAUCUCCCUUUGAGCGAGUCUUUACAGCCAACCAAAACUGCAGAGAUGCCUAUCCUACCUUUCUUGCUGUGCUUUGGUGUGCUGGCUUGCUGUGUAGUCAAGCUCCUGCUGCCUUUGCGGGACUGAUGUACUUGUUUGUGAGACAGAAGUACUUUGUCGGCUAUAUGGGGGAAAGGACACAGAGCACUCCUGGUUACAUUUUUGGAAAACGCAUCAUAGCUUUCCUGUUCCUUAUGUCUGUCGCUGGAGUCCUCAACUAUUACCUGGGUUACUUUUUUGGAAGCGAUUUUCAAAUGUAUAUAAAAACCAUAACUGGUACCAUCUCCCCACUGCUGCUUAUUCCUUAAAUCUCUGUAGAAAGAGAGGGAAGGAGGUGAAAGAGAAUGGAGGUCAGUGUGCUUAGCCAAUCAAUAUCCAGAAGCAGAUGUUUGAAAUGAACCUACAAAGCUGCUUUUAGAUUGCCAUAAAUCCAAUGCUCCUUGGGACUUUGUAGUUUUUAUUUAACACAGAUUUUUUCCCCUACAAGAAAAUGAUUUAUUGUGCACAGUUGGCAUGUCUUUGGGAGAAGAGUAAUAUGUUCCUGUAAUUUAUCAGGCUCCCUCCUAUAAAUGGGUUUGGUCACUGAAUUCUUAAGUGCAAGGAAAAUUUUAUGCUGCCAUCAUUAAAAAAAAA